CCCUUUAGAAGCAGAGUUGUGCAAAAGCUAUUUCCACUAUUUUGCUAUUCCACGGGAAACUAGCCCCAUUAACAAUGUAUGGCAGGUUACUUUAACUUGUGUUUUGAUAAAUUUAGAAAGUUUACUUGAUUUAUAAAUCAAAUCCAUUUCGUUCUGUGAUCGAAUCAGUUUCACUGAUCUACUAAAGAUCAGAAAUCAUCCAUCUGUUAAUCCGGCCAGCUCUACGAUUACACAUCUUUACACAUCUUAUCUUUACUCCUUUUUUGUAAAUCUUCUGAUUUUCUCUUUCUCUCUUUCUUUCUCUUCCUCCGCUCUCUAGCAUAAUUUAUUGUUUUUUCUACGUAAACAUUAUCAAUCUUCCGUGAAUAAUUGAAUUUUCAUUGGUUACUCAAUUAAUCAGCUGUAACAUGGUCAAAUUUGAAACCUACCUGUCAACAUCGUUAAUUCUAUCUCUCUUCUCCUUUAAAAGUAUAUGCUCAGCUGAGGUCUUCCAGUUAAAUUCACAAAAUUUUGACCAAAUCACAUCUCAAUAUGAAUUAGUAUUUGUAAAUUUUUAUGCCGAUUGGUGCAGGUUCAGUCAAAUUCUAUCUCCUGUCUUCGAAGAGGCAUAUUCAACAAUAUUGAAAGAAUUUCCAGAGCCAAAUCGUGUUCUUUUUGGAAAAGUUGAUUGUGAAAAUCAAGGUUCACUUGCGGCUAAAUUUCAUAUCAGCAAAUAUCCUACUUUGAAAGUUUUUAUCAAUAAUAAAGUUGGUAAAAGGGAAUACCGAGGCCAAAGGAGUGUCGAGGCAAUAACAAACCAUAUACGUGAUCUGUUAAAGGAUCCUGUUAAACCAAUAAGCACACAUGAAGAUCACAAUAAUAUUGAGGAGAAGAAAGGUGCCAUAAUUGGUUACUUCAAUGUUCCUCCAGCUACUACCAACGAGUAUGUUACGUUCCGUAAGGUAGCAACUGAUUUGAAGGGCGACUGUAAUUUUUAUUGGGUGACUGGGGAACCAUCAAUCUCUCAUCUACAAGCUGGAAAGCAAAAUUUUAUCAUUUUUAAACCUUCUCGUGUUCGUCCAGGAGAACAGGAUAUUAUAUACCCUGGUACUCUACAAAGUUAUGAUGAAUUCAGCACUUGGUCAACUGAUAAGUGUAUUCCAUUGGUACGAGAAAUAACCUUUGAGAAUGCUGAAGAAUUAACAGAAGAAGGAUUGCCUUUCUUAAUUCUAUUCCAUGCUCCCGAAGAUCGACAAUCUGUUGAUACAUACACCAACAUAGUACAUAGAGAACUGUAUAGUGAAUCAUCCAAUAUCAACUUCCUUACAGCAGAUGGACAUAAAUUUGCCCAUCCGUUGCAUCAUCUUGGAAAGACUCUCAAAGAUUUACCUUUAAUUGCAAUUGAUAGUUUUAGGCAUAUGUACCUUUUUCCUAAUUUCAAUGAUAUCAACAUCUCUGGAAAACUGAAACAAUUUAUUCAAGAUCUGCAUAGUGGAAAACUUCAUAGAGAGUUUCAUUUUGGACCCGACCCAGCCAAUGAUGAUAAAGACAACUCCAACGAUAAUCAAAUUAUAACAUCUCCUCCUGAGUCAACAUUCAAAAAAUUAGCACCAUCUAGAAAUCGAUACACCUUGCUAGUUAAAGAUGAAUUGUGAUCUUGUUGUCAAAUCAACAUUUCAAGUGCUAUUUUUAUUAAAUUUCAAGCAUGUUGUAUCAUGUCAUCAUCGUCACCCAUAUGAUCUAUUAACAAAUAUUGUUUAAUUUAAUAAAUGAAAAAUUCACAUUUGCGAAUA